AAAGAAACUGCAUUACCCUAUGUAACAAAACAAAAUGGACAAUGUAAUGAUUAAUGUGGGAGACAGCAAAGGUAAUGUUUUCACUCUAACCGUUUCCAAGGACAUUGCUGAAAGGAUGAAGAAUGAUCAAAAGUUCCUUUCCUCUGUGAUGAAGAAAGUAUCAGCCGUUGAAACAAAACAAGCUCUCAUCAGUGGCCCAGCCUGUGCUCCAAACCUCCCCCAACCUUUUACUCCAUGCCCCACUACCUCCAGUAUGUCACCUGUACCCCUAAAUCUCAGUUUUGUGAAGCCACUGCCAUCCUCAGCCAGCCAGUGCCCUAUAACUAGGCCCCCUGUACCACCCUCAGCCAGCCAGUGCCCUGUUACCAGCACUAGGCCCCCUGUACCACCCUCAGCCAGCCAGUGCCCCAUUACCAUCACAAGGCAAUCUGUACCACUUACCCACACUGUCAAGGACCCACCAUCUGCCACUCUCCAAUCUGGUGCAGUAUGUGAAAACCCUUCAGAAGCCAUUCAAACGUCACCCUCCUCUAUCCAGUCAGACAGACAUGAGUCACAAGGAAUUGGUACUGCACCACCUGGUACCAUUCAGUCCACUCCUCUGGGUUUGGAAGACACAUCCUCAAAGCAGGCCCACUACCCAAGAUCAGGUGUUGUGAUGGAUGCACAGCCAGGAACGUCUGCAAUGCACAACACAGCCCUCAGCAGCAGAGCAGAGGAAAACAUCACUGCUGUGGCGGUGGAGAAAUUGUGGAAGGGAGGGCUCCUGCGGGAGCAGAGGGAAACCACUUCCAUAGCAGUGGAGGUUAGUAGAGUGCAGGGAAAAAGGGGGGGGCUCCUGCGGGAGCAGAGGAAACAUCACUGCUGCGGCAGUGGAUAA